AUGUCAUUAAAAAGGUCUCAUGAGAAAAAGUAUUAAUUUUACGACAGUAGAAAGCCAUUUAAUCACUCUGAUUUUUUUGGGAAGGUCCAAGCUAAGAAUUAAGAGACCAUUGAUCAACUUUAAGAUGAACUUUAUAAACUUUCAAAGAAUUAUAUAUGCACCUAACUUGAUUCAAAAUUCUUUGUUCCUCAAUACUUGGACCAUAAUAAAUUGCUCUGGGCUAAUAUGUUUCUGGGUCAAAAGUAAAUUUAGGGAAUAUUUUUGGAUUUCCAUUUGAAGUUGCAAGAAGCGCUAAAGUUAGAGAUGAAUAUGAACAAAUAACAACUACAAAAUUACUUAAGUCUUCCUAAUCAAGACUAGUUAGACUAAUUAGAUAAAAAGCCAUUUCAGGUAAAAACCUACUACAUUGACAAUAUCCCAAAAAUCAUAAAGAGGAAAGAAAAAGAAUUUCUUGAUAAUCUCAAGAAAAAAAUCAUGGAGGAUGAGAAAUCUUACAAAUAGUAUGAUCUUGUGGUUAAGGAAUACGGCUCUUUCACAUCUAAAAUGGAUGCAUUAAAAAAUCUUAAUGGGGAAUUUCAGAAGUAGGACUUUUUAAAAAAGAAUCUAGAAGAGACAUACUCUAAGAUAAAUCAGAUCAAGGCACUAAAUAACAAAAUCGAGGAAACUAAUCUUGAAUUGGGGAACAAUCUUGAUACUUUUCUGGCAGAUAGUGAGAGGGAAGUAUUGAAGACUAGAAGACCAGGAGAUAAGCUACAUAACAUGCUUGAAUAAUGGGAGAGAGAAGUUAAAGAUUAGUGCUGGUCCAGAGAUGAGCUUGAAUUUUAUUCUGGCGAGCUAUGGCUUACAGCUGAGUAGUAUGAAAAGGAAUUGCAAGAGGAUAUCAAAGGAUUUGAUUUGGAAAAGUCAAUGAUACACAGAUUUUAUAGAAAUAAGUGUGAGUAACUUAAGCAAAAAUUCAUGUUCCAGGAUGAGAUUCAGUUGUAUAUAGAUUAGUAAGAAGGAUUAAAACUAAGAUCGAUGCAUGAGGCAUAGGAAAAAUUCAAUGAAAAUCUUAAGGUUAUGAAAGCAAUGAAAUAAAACUUAGAUAACGCAAAGAAAGAAUAGCUGAAAGAAUACAACUUAAGAAUAAACUUGGAAGUAAUCAAAGACGACUACUUUGAUAAGAUACAGUACUUAAACUCAAAUCUAUUAUUCAUAAUUGACAACUUCAUUAUGGUUCUAGAUACUCUCAAAUUAGCUGAUAGUGGUAUAAUACUUGAUAUGAAAUAGCAAAGAUAAAUCAAGGAAUUCGAUUUUUGUGUUUCAGAAAAAAGCCUUGAAAACAUAGUAGACAAUAUUAAAACUAUUAGUCUAUCCUCGAAGCUUGAGACUAUUUUAAAUUAUUAGAAAAAUACCGAGGUUAGAAAUUAGAAAGUUGUCAACUUCAUUUAAGAUAUUAAGAGUGCUAGUCACAAUUCUGUUUAGAUACCAGUCAAUGACAAUUUUAAAAAAGGUUUAAAGGAAAUUCUGCAUUGCUAUGAAGAACUUAUAACAAAGAAGAUGAGUCUUAAUUCAGAGAAGUAAAAUGAUAAAUUAAGUACAGGUAAAUAAGGGUCAGCACAAAACCUUGGAAAUAGUAAGUUAGGCAAAAAGAUUUUAGGAAAAGGGAUGGGUAAAUAGAUUUAAUCACCUAAAAGUCCAUCACAACUUAGAAAUAAGAGAGCUAAAUUUUUCAUGAGUGAGAUAGACAAAAUACCGAAGAAGGACUAGUUGAAAGACUAUUCUGCAGAAAUUCAAGAGAUUGCUGUCUUCUUAAUAAAUCAUAAGGAUAUUAAGUUUGAAUUGAUAGGAAUAGAUUUGAAUUCAUUGAGAAAUCUUGAUUAGCUACUAGCAGCAAUAUAAGGAUUUAUAAAAUCAAUCCAGUAUGAUGAAUCAAUGGCAGUCAAAGCUACUGAUGUAAUUCAUAUUGAUGAACAUAUGUUUAAUCCUUAGAUCUUUCCCCUUAAGAUGUUACUAUUUUAGAAUGAGAAAGAAUAGAUUUAAAAAAUUUAGACAACAAAUGACCUUCAUUAUUCUUUCAUUAAGUCAGAACUAGAGCACAAUUUAACAUCACUAUAACAAUCAUAUCCCUCUGCUGUAUAGCUGGUGUCAUCUAACCUUGAGAAGCAGCAUGAUACUCAUAACUUCUUAAAACAUUUUUUGCAGCGAGUUGAGAGGCAAUCGACGAACAAAUCAGAUAAAGGUAAAUAGCCUCUUGGCACACCGUCAUCUUAGUCUCCUCCUAAGAGGUAAACUACAAAAAUAUUGGACGAUCCUAAAGCGCAAAGCUAGCCAAACAGACAAAUAUAAUAAGCUAGAAAAUCAACAGGAAUUAAUCUUAAAUCUGGUGAGGAGCUAACUAAGAAGAAUUCAAGUAGUAUGAUUUAGAUAUUCAAUCAGAAGGCAAGUCCGAUGAGAAAGGCAUCACAGGUCCCUAAUUCUCAACCUUUAGAAAAAAUUGAGCGAGUAGGAGGCUAUAAUAAAAUUAAAAACUGUAUCAGAAAGUCCAUCUAUAGAAAUUCACAAGAAGGAAGUAAGUCCUCCAGAUCAAAUCAUACUCUGAGAGAUAACAAUAAAUCAAUUCUCUCUAACACAGAGUAAUCACAAUCUGCAAGCCCUAAGUUAAGGUUGUAGCAAAUGAAGUAGUCUAUAAUAACCACCCAAAGAGAAAGUGAAAUUGGCUAAAACGAAGGUCUGCAUCAGCCAAAAAAUAACAGAUUAAUUCAUGAGAUUUAGAAGCUUAACAGCAUAUAUAGAAAUGAAUAAGGAAAUAAUAAGUACAACAGUCUUAAAUCUAAUGAACAGUAAUCAUAAAAAAGAGAUCAAGUUAAAUAGAAGAAGUAGUAUGAAUUCUUGAAGAGUGAUGUGGGAAUUAACACUAACAUUUAGAUGAGAGAUUUAGAAAUUAUUCUAACAGUUAAGAAAGAAGCUAAGCAUACAAUUUAAGCCUUGGAGAAGCUAUUAGAGGAAUAAUUGCACAUUAAUGAAUAGAUAUAGAAAAAGAAUUAAAAGGUUUAACUUGUCGGAGGAGGUCCUCUGAUCUCAACAGCCUCAGAAACAAAUGACACUGAAGAUGAGGCAUUUAAUAAAUAUGGAGGCAAUUAUCAAGGAAACUUAGGAGGAGGGCACUGGAAGUACUCAAAUCAAUUUCCAGAAAGAAGUUCAAAUAAGUUUCAUCCCAAUGCAAAUCGCAAUUUAAAGCUUAGAAGUAACAGAGUUGCUAACGAGGUAAAAUUGAUCUUAGAUUAAUAUCAAACUAUGGAUGGAAGCGUACCUAGGUCAGCAAGAGGAGGUAAUCAGAUGUGUCAUGAUGAGAUUCCUGUCAAAAGCCAAGAUAUCAAGUUCAUUAAUUAAACUCACCAAGUAUUCGAAAGGAGAAAGCAGUUAUAAAGGAAAAAGCUUUUCUCCUAGGAACUGAUUUAAUAAACUUAGGAAAAAUUAGUUAAGUUUUAGUAAAAUAGUCAUAGAGAUCUCCAGGUCCAUUCUUUGAAGGAAAAUAGCGUACUCGAUGAAAUUGUAUUCCCUAAUGACUCAACAAUGAUCAUGCAGAAGAUUAAUGCAUAGAUUGUUGAAUUCAACCCACAAGGCACUCUUGUAGCUAUUGGCUGUAAAUAUGCUAGUAUCUUGAUAAUGGACUUUAUGACUAAGGAGAUGAUCAGAUGUUUCAGCAUCUACGAAGACUAUGAUUUGGAGGCUAACUAAGAUGUUGAUCAGUUUUCAAACUUCAGAAGACUUAGCUAUGCAUACCUUGAAGAUGAUUUUAUUCUGUAUUAAAAGCCAUAGGAUGAAAAGGAAAGUGAAAGUAUAGUAAAGAGAGAAUUCAAAAAGGUCAUAUAGUUUGAACCGAAGGAUAAGCCUAAAUGUAAAGCACAGAUAUCCUCUCUAGACUGGUCUCUUGAUGGAAGAUAUUUAGUAGCUUGCUUUAGAAUCGAAAAUUAAGUUGCUGUUUGGGACGUGCUUUAAAGCUAGAAACUUUUCCAUAUGCAUUCUUAGGAAUUUGGAUGCCAAAUUAAUCAAGCUAAGUUUCACUCACUUAAUCCUAAUUAUCUCCUCCUAAGCGGUGAAAAAGCCCUAGUCGUCAGAGUUAAGUAAGAAGCUUCUCAAGAGAUAGUAAUUGCUAGUGACAAUUUAGAGGAAAUUCUAGAUUCAUAGGGCAAGCAAGAGGCCUUACUUCAGCAGUAAUAGCAAAAUAAGCGUAAAGGACCUAAAUUUUCAUCAAAUAUUUUCUAGACAUUGAUUAGUUAAGAUAGAAUUUAUUACCUUAUGGUCAAGAAUGAUCAGAAAGUUAUCAUGCUUUUAGAACAGAGAGACCCAAAUGAGAUGGUAGAUUUACAGCCAUCCAUAUUUACUGACUUUUUUAGAGUAAGCCAUCUAAAACCAGGUGAAACUGAAAAGACUUAAAAAGAUCAAGCUAAAAUUAUAAUAGAGCAAGAUGAAAGUUUAGAAUAUGAAGAUGAGAGAGAUAUACUGGAUUAAGACGACACAGAUAAUGUAAAAUAAGCAAUUGAAUCAAUCAACUAGCACAAAUUUAAAAUAAUCUCAAUGGUUAAGUUUCAGUCAGCAAACUCAUUCGUAUAAUCACUGGUGAAUAAUGAUGAUUACUCUAAUCUUCUUAUGACCUUUUCUGACAGAGUUCUCAGACUUUACGAAAUCAAGUACUAAAACAUAGGUGUUAAUCAUAAAAGAGUCAUUUGUAUAAAGAACGAAUUCUAGGAUGUGAUAAACCGCAGAAAAUGGAUGAAUGCUUGCUUCUUGAAAUUGAACUAAAACACCAGAAUAGUAGAGUAGCAGUCUCAAAACAAUAAAACUGAUGCAGUUCAGCUUCUUAAUGAGUCAAGACAACUUCUAUACUCGUCUUCAUUUAAUUAGAAAAAUGAACAGUAAAUCUAGGACAACAAAGAGAGCUUCAUGUACUAGCAGGAGAUAUUUGUGAGCAGUAUAGGUGAAUCAGGCUCUAAUGAACUUAAGUUUUACAAUGUAGAUGACUUUAGUAUAAUAUAAAGACUUGAAUUAACUUAGGAGGGGUGCAGCUAUUUGACAGCCCAUUCAAAGUCACAUUUCUCUAUAUUUCUAGUAACCACUAAUGGUAGUCUUUUCCUGUGGUCUGUCAGACCAGCCAAGAUAAUACAGCCUCUAGCACCAUACUUUACUGAAAUCGAAGAGAACAAGGAGUAUGUGGAAAGAGAAGACGAAUUCGAGAAAGAAAUUUCAGACUCAGACGAGGAGGAGGAAAAAGUUAAUAAAAACUUAGACGAGGAUUAAAUCAGGAAAAGGAAAUUAGCUAAAACUAAUAUAGAUAUUGAUUCUAUAGACAAUGAUCAUUUAAGCAAUUUCACCUAAUAUACAGCGAGGAGAACCAAAAAUAAUAAUAUAGAGAGUUUGUUUGACAAAUAGUUGGAUAAUAUGGACUUUGAUUACUAAAACUUUGUAAUGUUCUUGCCAAUUCAAGUUAACAAUUUUGAUACUUUUGGGCUUUUGGCGAAGCUUAAUGUGGAUACAUUCAGAGAAAAAUUCAAUAAACUUUAAUAAUGA